AGUAGGAGGAGGAGGAGGGAGGAGGAGAAACAGUGAGGCUGGAGGGAACAGACUGAAAUAAAGAUAGAAAGGAGAAAGAGGGAGAAGUGGACCAACCUGUGACUGCUCUGCCUCUGCCUUGGCUGACUGUGUGUGAGACAGGAGGAAGCCUGAAAGUGAUGCCUCGCACACUCCGGAGACGCACAUAGACAGGACUUUCUUUAUCUCCCUGUUGUUGUUGUUUUUUUGUUGUUUUCUUUUUGUUUUCCCUCGUCUUUCUGUCACUAACCCCCUCUGCCUCAAUGAUGAGAAGAGACCGCCUCUUCUUAGCCGCGACCCUCGCCGCUAUCUUCUCCGCCGACUUCUACUUCAUCCUCCUGCCAAAGCUGCGGAGCAUGGGCCGCACGUCGCCCGGACACCUCUGCACGUGCGGCCACGGCAACCUCACCCUCCCCAGGCAGGGGGGCCUCGCCACGCCCCAGCUCUCCAACUGGACGUCUGUGCUGCUCCUGGAUGGCUCCGCACCUGAGCUGGCGGACGGAGGCUCCAAACUGGGGAGGCUGUUUUCUCACCCUCUGUACAACAUCCAGACUCCGGCGCUGGGGCCAGAGGAGAGGCUGCUGCAGGCGGAGCAGCUGAUUGAGUACUACAGGAAGAAGGUGUCCCGCUGGGAAAGGCACAUGAAGCUGUACAGCGAGGCAGCGGCCGUGUCCAACAUCACCGUGACGGAGCAUGAGGUGACCUACGACCCCGACGCCAGCUGGAUGAAUUUCCAUCUGGGGAUCAGCCGCUACGCCCUGUACUCGCGAGACGACCCCGCUAUCCCCCGGCUUCUCCGGGACAUGCGGAGGAUGGCGGUCAUCAGCGCAGAUUACACUCAAGAUGAGAAAGCCUUAAAAGGAGCAUGCGAUUGCACCCAAGUGGUGAAACCCAGCGGACAUCACUUGAAACUGGCUCUGAAAAUGCGCAACUUUGCUAAAGCCAUGUUUAAACCAAUGAGGCAGCAGAGAGAUGAGGAGACUCCAGAGGACUUCUUCUAUUUUGUUGACUUCCAGAGACAUAAUGCAGAGAUUGCCGCUUUCCAUCUGGACAGGAUCUUGGACUUCCGGAGGGUCCCGCCGGUGACUGGCAGGCUGGUGAACGUUACAGGAGAAAUCCUCCAAGUAACCCACAAUGACGACCUGCGAGCUGUGUUCUUCACCUCACCAGCCAACAACACGUGCUUCUUUGCCAAGUGCCUGUAUGUGUGCAAGACAGAGUACGCUGUGUGUGGGAGCCCCGACCUGCUGGAGGGCUCCAUGUCCGCCUACCUGCCCGGCCUCAGCAUCGCUCCCCGCAUCUCCAUCCCCAACCCCUGGAUACGCUCCUACACCUUCAGCGGGCGUGAGGAGUGGGAAGUGAACCCAUUCUACUGUGACACCAUAAAGCAGCUGUAUCCCUACAACUCCGGCAACAGGCUCCUCAACAUCAUAGACAUGUCCAUCUUCGACUUUCUCAUUGGUAACAUGGACAGACACCACUAUGAGAUUUUCACCAGAUUUGGCGAUGAAGGAUUCCUUCUCCACUUGGACAAUGCCAGAGGAUUUGGAAAGCAUUCUCAAGAUGAGAUGUCCAUCCUGGCUCCUCUGUCUCAGUGCUGCAUGAUAAAGCGCUCCACGCUGCUGAGACUGCAGCUCCUCGUCCGGUCCGAGUUCAGGCUCAGCGACGUGAUGAGGGAGUCCCUGCAGGGAGACCCUCUGCGGCCCGUCCUGACCGAGCCUCACCUGUCGGCGCUGGACCGCAGGUUACAGAAGGUCCUCCGAGUGGUCCAGCGCUGCAUGCGGAGGCGGGGGGAGGACGAGGUGAUCACCAAUGACUUUGUCAAAUCGACAGCGACCCCUCAGGCUGACACAGAGACGAGAAAGGCCAGGUAACGAAGGAGGAAAUGCUCGAGGGGCGAGCCAGCGGAGGAAGGCGGCGGGGAGCUUUCAGUGAUCACGAGAAGGAAGGAAUCUCAUCGUUCAGGUUCGGAACAUGAAUCGCUGAGAGACCUCAAGCACAGACGGAGUCUCCCCGUUUCCUUCUGUUGCUCUCGUGGCCAUAAAUUCAAUUCAGGCUCCAUUUUGGGACAGAACCCUUGUUUUCCAAGUUCACCAUAGAUCAAGGGUUUAAAACCUGUGAAGGAAAAACUGAAGACCUGUUUCCCAAAAGCAGCAUACAGGAGAUUUAACUCUAACUCUCAUACACAUCAGUAUCAGCAGUGGAGUUAUUAUUUAUAAGACGGAGCUGUGAUGCACUGGACCAGCUGUUCAAUAAAUGAGCGGUGGUGUGUAUUGUAUAUUGGGAAGAAAGAUUGCAAUGACUGUAAAUUAAAGUUAUUUUAUGUGAUGGCACUGCACAUUCAGAAGAGCCGUUACUGCCGAGAAGUAAGAGAAGGGUGUGUAAGCAAAGUGCUACCUAUUAAACAGCCAUUUAGUUCACUCCACCCCGUCCUCCAGACAUGCAAUCCUCCGUCUCAUCAGAGAGCUUAAAGAGCUUCACUGUCAACAAAAAAGCGAGGCCGAGGCAGAGAAACGGCAGACCCGGGGCAAUGAACAAAACUCUAUUUUAUCACGACACCGUGCCGACGCUGAACCGAUACCAACUUUCUGCUGUCGUGAAUUUACGGGCUGCGUUUCCCCCUCUGUGAACAUGUCACAGCUCUGGCCUCCGUUUCCUUUGUUUUCAUCCAACAUACCUGAUGUGUUCCACGCCUCUGUGUGAUGUAAAGCAAGACGAACAACCGCAGCUAUUUUUAAGAGGUCGUGAAGCUGGCGAGUCCCUCCAAAUAAGGAACGGAGCAGACAGUGAUAAGCAGCUCCUUAUCGUAAAAUGUGAUCUGAAGCGCACGUGAAUGCACGCACACCACGUCAUUUAUACCGUCUACAUGCCAGCAGGAGUGGAGGCUUAAGGAGGCUGUCAAGGAUGAAGGAUUCCUUAAUAAGACAUGAAGAAACUGUGGCUUUUUCUAUCACAGCAGCAGCUUAAAGUCUGCUUAUUUGAAAGUGUCACUGCGUAGAAAAGAAAAACCUUUCAAGUGUCUUACCGACGGUAUAUUAAAAGCUGGCACAAAAUGAAUUCUGAAAAGUUACCAGUGGAUUCAUUUAUUUUAGCCCUGUGUUGAGCAAAUGGACAUUUUCGGAACAUACAGCAGCUUUAUGUCUCCCCCUGCUGUGUAGUUGCGAUAUUACACCUACAGAUGCCAGUACACAAUAAUGCGGAGAUUAGGAUGAAAACACUCAUUGAUCUAUUGAGUUUAUGAAAGAAACUGCAACUGUUUUAAUAAUUGAUUAAAAUCUGUGUGACAAAAAAAAAAAA